GAGACCUUAACAUUUCUUUCUUAUCAUCAAUUACCAUCACAUACCACUUCAUCUGCUUUUUCUCAGAUUUAUAUAUAUACAUUUGCGAAUUGGGUGUCGUUUCUGUUUUCACUCUCAGGAAAAUCUCACAUAAUAGAGCAGCAGGAAUAUUUGAGUUUUCGACAAGUGAGUGAUGGCUAGUACAAGUGCAUCAACGUUGAUGUUGUCUUCCGGAACCUCAGAACAAAGUGGGGCACAUGGGGAAAAUUCAAACAUGAGCGAAGGGUUAGGGUUUUCAAACACUGAACCAAAAACCAUAUCAACUCCAAAGAAAAUUGUCCUGAAAUCCUCCGAUGGUGAGACCUUUGAGGUUGAGGAGACCGUGGCCCUAGAAUCCCAAACCAUCAAGCACAUGAUCAAGGACGACUGUGCCGACAACACCAUCUCCCUCCCCAACGUCAACAGCAAGAUCCUCGCCAAGGUCAUCGAGUACUGCAGGAAGCACGUCAAGGCCUCCGGCUCCGGCAAUGCCAACCACCUCGACAAAGACACGGCCGACGACAAGGCUCUCAAGGAGUGGGACGCGAAGUUCGUCGACGUCGACCAGGGAGUGCUCUUCGAUCUCGUCUUGGCGGCACAUUAUCUUAACAUCAAGAGCCUGGUAGAUUUGACAUGCCAGAGUGUGGCGGACAUGAUCAAGGGAAAGACUCCAGAGGAAAUCCAGAAGACCUUUAACAUCAAGGGACAUUUCACUCCGGAGGAAGAGGAGGAGGUUCGCAGGGCGAAUCCUUGGGCAUUUGAGUGAAAACAAAAAGGGAUGGGCAAUAUGUUAGUAUCAGAGGAUUUCCAUCUUUCUGAAAGCUGCUUCGUACGCAUUUCGUUUAUUUUAGUAGAUAUAUGUGGCGUCUGGGAUAUAAAAAAUCUGAACCAUCUGUUUUCGUAUUAAGUUGAACCGUGUGUUAUCUUUCCAUUGGCCGUGGAGUUAAGAUUCUUAAAUUGUUUA